AUCGUCCUCCAGCCGGGAUGUGGCCGAUCGCUGAGGAGCGGAGGGUGGAGCAGGGGGCGGAGGCCGGCCAGAGUGGAGGCAGGUCCUGGCGUACCUCUGACGCGGGCAGGUCGACUGCGGGCGCCGCGGGGGUGACAAGAGAGCGGCCGGGCCCCUACGACCUAGGGCGGAGCUCGGCGAUCCAAGUGCUCUGCUCCCAGAGCGAGGUGGGCGGGCGGCUCGGGACCCUGGCCAGAGCCGGCAUGGAGCGGUGGCGUGACCGGCUGGCACUGGUGACGGGAGCCUCGGGAGGUAUCGGCGCGGCCGUGGCCCGGGCCCUGGUCCAGCAGGGUCUGAAGGUGGUGGGUUGUGCCCGCACCGUGGGCAACAUCGAGGAGCUGGCUGCCGAAUGUAAGAGUGCAGGCUACCCCGGGACUUUGAUCCCCUACAGAUGUGACCUGUCGAACGAGGAGGACAUCCUCUCCAUGUUCUCAGCUGUCCGCUCUCAGCACAGCGGUGUGGACAUCUGCAUCAACAACGCUGGCCUGGCCCGGCCGGACACCCUGCUCUCAGGCAGCACCAGCGGCUGGAAGGAAAUGUUCAAUGUGAAUGUGCUGGCCCUCAGCAUCUGCACGCGGGAAGCCUACCAGUCCAUGAGGGAGCGGAAGGUGGAUGACGGACACAUCAUCAACAUCAACAGCAUGUGUGGCCACCGAGUGCCACCCCCGGCUGAGAUCCAUUUCUACAGUGCUACCAAGUACGCUGUCACCGCGCUGACGGAGGGGCUGAGGCAAGAACUCCGGGAGGUCCGGAGCCACAUCCGAGCCACGUGCAUUUCUCCAGGAGUGGUGGAGACACAGUUCGCCUUCAAACUCCACGAUAAGGACCCUGAGAAGGCAGCCGCCACCUAUGAACACAUGAAGUGUCUCAAACCUGAGGAUGUGGCCGAGGCCGUCAUCUAUGUUCUCAGCAUGCCCCCUCAUGUCCAGAUUGGAGACAUCCAGAUGAGGCCCACAGAGCAGGUGACCUAGUGCCCUGUGGGGAGUUCCUCCUUCCCGCACCCCCCUUACAGCUGGGCACCUGCCCCUGGACUGGGGGUAUUAAUUUCUGAACCCCUGGAUUUCACUUCCUUUCCCCACCCCCACCAGGGGCUAGAAAACUUGAGGUUUUUAUAUGUCAAAUUGUUGCCACCAUGAAUGGGUGAGGGGAGAGGAGGUGGUGCCCCCUGAUUGUUUUACCUGCUCCUGCUUUCUCGGUCCCUUUCUUGGGCUCCCUGGCCUUUGUCUGCUGCCCUUGCCUUUUUCCCUUUGGCCUGGGGAAGGGACUGUGGCCAAAAGUGGGGCUUUCCCCUAUCUUCCUGAACCUCCACCUCCACUGUCCCUUGAGGAUGAGGCCGGGGAGGGAAGCCCUCACCUUCUAUCUGAAUGCUUACUGGGGCUUCAGGCUUCCUUCUUCCCUCCCCCGCCGCCCCUUCUUUGCCCCAUCUCAGUUCUCCAGUCCCACUGUGGCUUCUCCACCCCUCGUGGGGUCCUCCCUUCACUCUGACUAUGCCAGCAGAAGACCAGGGCCUGCCUCCCAAGUGGGUUUCACUGUGAUCAUUAAAAAAAGAAAAAUUGCAUUAAAAAA